GCCACCACGGCUACAUUUUCACUGGUUGGUUCCUAUCUACGAGAAGAGGAUGAAGUUUCUAGUGGCUGUCACAGUUUUUGUGGGAUCGGUGUUUAUUUUGCUGUUUCCCAGCAGUUCAAACGCUGAAGAGAAUGUUGAAGUAACGGCAAAGGUUUAUUUUGACAUCCAAAUUGGAAAUGAAAAUGUUGGACGAAUUGUUAUCGGUUUGUUUGGGAACAUUGUUCCCAAAACGACUCAGAACUUCAUUGCCUUGUCGACCGGAGAGAGAGGAUUUGGCUACAAGGGCAGCAAGUUCCACAGAGUCAUUAAGAACUUCAUGCUUCAGGGAGGAGAUUUCACCCGUGGAGAUGGCACUGGAGGCAGGAGUAUCUACGGAGGGCGGUUCCCUGAUGAGAACUUCAGGCUGAGGCAUUAUGGCCCUGGCUGGCUUAGUAUGGCUAAUUCUGGUCCAGAUACCCAAGGCUCUCAGUUCUUCAUCACCACCGUUCCGACACCGUGGCUGGAUGGGAAACACGUGGUCUUUGGCAAGGUUCUGGAGGGCAUGGACGUGGUCAAGAAGAUCGAGAACACAAGUAAAGACAGCCGGGAUAAGCCUCUUCAAGACGUCACCAUCCGCAACUCAGGCACUAUAGCAGUGGGAAGGCCAUUUGUCAUCGCCAAACAGUAGUAGUCCCAGUGAGGGUACUGGGAAAACAGGACUAAGGGGGGUUGGAAACAAAUUGGACCUUGUUUAUCUCUGUCUUUUUCUUUGUGAGCCCUCUGGUCCAGAAGGACAGCCUCCUGUUUGAAGGUGGCCCUCUGGCGUCAUGGCAGUGCCAGAGCAUACCACCAGAUGGGGCACUGGGACCAUUUGCAUUAAAGCAUUCCAUAAUGUC